AUGGAGCAACAAGUAGCCCUGUCCAUCUGUCAGCUAGAGAAAGCCAAGAAAGGGGGAGAUGGAUCUCAAUUCUAGCCUCGAUCCAUUGUUGUCAUGAUCGGAAUUCGGUGAGAAAGCAUCUACCAAGAUUUCCGGAAAGUUAGUAGUCAGCGAUUUGGAAAUGGACCAGUCUCUGCUGAGAUUCGACACAGGCUGCCAAAAUAAUCUGGAAAAAUCACCAAAAAUCGCCAAAAAAAAUAAUAUUAAAAGCCUCCAAAUCAAAAUCUAGCCUCAUAAAUCAAUCAUAAAAAUUAGCCCAAGAUCCAAAACCUUGGAUUAACAAAUUAGAGCUUAGGAGAAAGAAAUACCACAAGUCUAUAAGCAUGAUAUAAAAUCCUUAAAAAUUUCACAAAUAAACAUAUAUUUAGUACUAAUCAUUCAAAACAUGUUUAACACUAUUUUUGACCAGUCACAUGUUAAUUAUCAUAUAAUCAUAGGCAUUUAAAAUAAUUUAACAUUACUUAGCAUAAAUAAAUGGUGUGUUAUCAGUACACCAUGUCACCCUCAAUGA